GCUUUGAAGUUGUCCUCAGAUCUCCAGUACGCGGAGAGUCAGUGUAUAUGCGCACGGACGCUGUAGUGCACACACCGGAGCGCGCACGGACCGACGGAAUUCCAUUAUUUGUCACGAUAUUCAUCAGCAACUCUCUCGUGUAGUUUUGACACUCUGUUGUACGACAAACGAAUAAGCUCACUUCUUUUUGAGUUUGUCGUCGUUUGCGCGUACAGGACUCGCGAUCGUUUGGGUUUGAGGCAACAUUGAUCCGGUGACGGAACGAUGUGGAGACGGAGUGUAAGUUCUUAAUAGAGACUGUAACAGCUCUCUGUGUUUGGACUACAAGCGGGGUUGAUGUUUCGAGGGAAUAUUCGACUGUCAGCGGAAGAGGAUAUAAUGUCGUUUGCUUCUUCAUUGAAGACAUUGGAUAUCUCUAAAUGAGAACUGAAAGACGCCCGCCCCGACAGGUCUCUGAUCCGCCCCGAUCCAGAUGAGCGAACUGCCUUCUGGAUUUGCAGUCACUUCACGGAACCAGAGUCUUCGCAUUCUCGACAAUAGUUCGCCCACCUGUUUAAAAGCCCACACCGACUCGAUCGUCUCGCUGCCCUACGGCGAUCCCGCGCGUCAGGAAAAGAGGCUGCCUAUACGGAUUCUCAAAAUGUUGACCGCUCACACGAGUCACAUACUUCACCCAGAGUAUCUCCAGCCGCUCAGCUCCGCACCAGUCAGCAUCGAGCUGGAUGCUAAAAAGAGUCCCCUGGCUUUGCUGGCUCAGACCUGCUCGCAGAUCGGUAAACCAGAUCCUCCUCCCUCCUCUAAACUGGCAUCCCUCUCCUCCAGCAGCCAUGGAGACAAGGACAGCCGUUCCACCAGCUCCAGUCUGAAGCCUGGGGAGCAUCAGAACCUUGAUGACAAGUCCAGCUUUAAGCCUUAUUCUAAAACUGGUUCAGAAUGCCGGAAGGAUGGUGCUGGGAUCAACAGCUCUGCUGAUAAAGCAGGGUUCAGAGUGCCAAAUAGCGGUUCUGCAGCUGUGACAUGCCCCUCUUUACCUCCGCAUGCCCCCUCUCCAAGGGCCAACUCUCCUUCUCAGCAGACAGUAGGACAGUCGCACACACAUCGCCAGACUCAGUCUCCCCUCGCGCAGAAAACGUCACAUCUACACACCGCCCACGUGGACUCCAAAGCUGCGGGUUCAGACCCGGGGAAUGACAGCAGCACGGGCGAUCGCAAUGGGAAAAAAGAUUCAGACCAUAAUAAAUCAGGCCUGGACAUUGCACAAAUAGCUAACUCCAGUCACGCACGUGCUAGUGUGAACUCCAGCAGUGCCAGUUCCUCCGGCAGUCCUCAACCUGACAAUAAAGCUGACACCCAACCCCCUCAACCUGGCUUGGGCACAGGCCAUAUUGCCCCUGUGUCUCCCUUCAAACCUGGCCACUCUGUUUUUCCUCUCCCGUCCUCCACCAUGGGCUAUCACGGCUCCAUAGUAGGAGCCUACGCAGGCUAUCCUUCUCAGUUUGUGCCUGGGUUGGAUCAUUCUAAAUCUAGUUUAGUUGGUGCUGGGAUGGGUGUUCCAGGAAAGCACCCAAGCUCCAGCCCUCUCACAGGGGCUUCGCCUCCGUCGUUCAUGCAGGGUUUGUGCAGGGACCCAUACUGCCUCACCUACCCCAAUGCACCCCAUCUGAACAACUGCUCUUCUUGUGUUCAUGACCCCUCAUCUGCCCUCAAGUCUGGCUUCCCUCUAAUGUACCCUGCCCAUCACCUCCACUCCCUACACCCCAGUUCCCUGACCUCUAGCGCCACAACAGCUCUCUCCCAUCCUCUCUAUACUUACGGUUUCAUGCUGCCCACUGAAAGUCUCCCUCACGCGUGUAACUGGGUCUCAGUGGGUGGCCCUUGUGACAAACGCUUCGCCACCUCAGAGGAACUUUUGGCCCAUCUGCGUACACACACAGCUCUGCCAGGUAUGGACGGGAAGCUGCUCUCCGGUUAUCCUUCAUCUGCUGGUUCCUGCCACCUCCACCUGCCUCCUCCUAGCAGUCCUAGUUCCCUCUCCCUGCGUGGUUCACCCGGGCUGGGUUUGGCACGGUACCACCCCUAUGGAAAGGCCCAUUUGCAAGGAGCUCCAUCCCUGCCUAUGCACUCUCUCCAGGCCACAGCGCCCUACUAUUCUCCUUAUGCUUUGUAUGGUCAGAGACUGGGCUCAGCUUCUGCUCUUGGUUACCAGUGAUCAAAAGACUGUGGACAGUGUAAAGAUGAUUUGCAAGGGGAGCUGGAAAGCACAGAAACAUGCAAGAUUCCCCUGAAAAACCAAGCAAAAACAAAGGAUGGCUCUGAUUGCUAUGAGGAAUAAAAUCUCAUCUGCUUUGGAUGACGUUUUAACAAAUGGUCACUCCAUAAUUCCAUUAGGAUAUUUGGGGACCUUUAAGAUCUUUAUGAGGAGAAAUUCAGAUUCAUGAGAAAGCAGAAACUUUUUUUCAGUUUACCAAAAGUGUGUAUUUAUUUUUCACUUGAGCGCUUGACUUUUUGUUUUCGAGAGGUAUUUACCGCCAAAAUGCAUUAAAUGAUCAUUUUCAGAGAGGAGCAGUAUUCUCUCUGUGUGAAUAUGGCUCCCCUCACACAUUUUGUAAUAUUACGAUGUUUGCAAAGAUGGACUAUGACAUAUUGUCAGACAUAACAUCUUUCCUUUCACUUCACUUCUUUUGUGCGAAAGAUCUGUGCUCUGUUGGAGAACGGAAGAGCAUGACUAGGUCAACAACUACUUUGUUCCUUUUCGAUUUGGCGUUUAUUUUGUACUUGUACAGUUCAAAGAAUAAAACUAAAAGAUGUGAUAUAUUUUCUAUUGUAGCUGACUCUGCAAGAUGGGGAUGGAUGUGGAGGGGGGAAGAGAAUUCAGAUAAGAGUAAUAUGUUGUGAUGGCAGCGCUAUCCAUUUAACAAAGUCUUAUUUUGUGUAAUAAAUGAUACUUGAUUACAUUUAUA